AUGGGUCUCCUCUGUUGGUGCACGCUCUACCCGCAGGGACCUUCCAACCUUGCGGCCAUCCGCUUCUCGGCCCCGGUCCGCGUCGCCAGCAUUCACGUAUUUCCCAAGGGAGCACGACCCUUUGCGGAUUACGAGGACUUCACUUCCGAAACUGCACCGGAAUGCUUCUAUGCCGAGCUCUUCUUCAACGCCACUCCUAUCCAUAUUUCCGAGAGGGACAAGAACAGGUUUCCUAAUUCGCUUGUUCCGACUACUCUCGCAUAUGCAGGGAGUCAUGUUGACUAUACAGUAGACAUGGGAACAGAGCAUGCCACCCGCCUCAUGAUUGUCAAGGGCAACUUCAAACGGCUUUCGCUUGCUGUCUACGGCGACCUCGUCUCCGAUUUGGCUGCUCCAAAGCCGGAACCUGCUCCAGUAUCACUGAGUUCCAUCGAGCCGCGACCUUUGAGUGCAGCCCUAGAUCUCGUUAACGCUCAAGACGCAUCCUCUGUUGCUACGAAGCUAAUGACGCUGUUGAAAAACCCUCCGCCUCUGCACGUUAUCCUGCGCUCUCAGUUCUGUCUUAAACCUGACGACGACACCUGGGAUCAUCCGGACUAUCCCAACGUCUAUGUAGACCUUGCUGAGCAGCUCGAGGACUUCAAAUUCCGAGCGGUAAUCUACUGGACCCGCCCUAUCAGCGAGACCGCGUCAGAAGAGGAUAUCUCAGCAUAUUUUUCUAGAUUUGCGCGGUCCAUUGACGAGCAUAACGAUCACGCUGAAGUUGUUUCUCGCAUGCUGCGUUAUGUGGCUGCGCACCCGUCGGUCGUUCCCGAACGUCUUUUUGCUGCCUUGGAUGCGUCGAAGAUUCUCGCUGUGGAGCCUCUUGAGGACUGGUCUCUCGAAGAUGUUCUCUACGCAAGCGCGAACGUCGUCAUUGCUCGUCAUCUCUGCACACCCGACUUCCUGGCCAGCUUGCAAUCCAUAUCAUCUAAGGCAAGCGCCACUCGCCAUCGACGUUCAAUCGCAAGCAGGAUAGUAGCUCGCUUGCAAGGUUGGCGUAUAUUCGAGGAUGCCCUCGAGGACGCCGAUGGAUGCGACUACUUUGCUGCCACGCGCUUCCUCGCUGACAUUGGGACUGAGGAGAUCUCGCUCGGGAUCUGGCUCCUGUGCAUGGUACAGCACCAAGAUAUGAGUGAAAGGCUAGCCCAGCGACCAUUGCCUGCGACCUCUACGUUGCCGCCUCUGUGUUUGAGGCGGAGACGACGAGAAAUAAGCAGCGACGAGUUCACUGCCUUCCUGAAAGCCUUCCUUGGUACUGCUGCCGUUGUUGGCGUGGCUUGUUGGGCAGACUGCUUCGCGAACGAUAUCUGCUUCGAGCGCGCGCUGGCCGUGCUGCAUUUGUGGCAACAAGCACCCGGCUACUCAGAGAUAGUCAAUCUCAUACUUGCUUUGGACCAGACCUGCCGCCGCAUCAAGUGGAGCAUGGAGGACAGAACCGCCCCGCGCAGAACCGAGCUGCUCGCCGAACAAAUCCUUACCGACCUUGCAUUCGAGCCCAAAGCCGUACUUCGCGACGAGCUGGUGACUACCAUCCUCGCUAUUCAACCUCCCCUCAGCUACAUUACCGAGGACACCCGGAUAGCCAUGCAGAAGCUCGCAAGGGCCGUCGACGAUGGGCUCCAGGAAGGUGUCGAAGGCCUUGCGCAGGACUCAGAGCAUCCGUAUACCUUACGUCGUCUGUCCGUUGUCCGUGUCGCUUUGGCCAUGGUCGAGCAGGCGUUGGAAGAUACGGUGCGGGGCGAGUGGGACGUCAUCCAGGCGUUGCACUCCGAGAAGAAGCAGGGGCUACUAGUGAUCCUUGGUGACCUGCUUAAGGGCGUCGUACAGGACCUCAAUGCACACUUCUCCGUUCGCAUGCUGCCUCCUUCCGGGGGCGCGGCCAUGCUGAACCAGCUCUUUCUUACGGCGGAAGACCUGGUGGCCGUCAUCUCCCCUCUGGCUGGCGCCUACCCGCUAUCGAGUCGCCCUCUGUACGAACUCGCAACCGCAAUGGCGCACGUCAUCGUCUGCGCGGGCCUGGUGGGUUCCGCUUAUCCCACACCCAACACCGGCCGCGACAACAUUCGCGUAUCCGCGCGCGAUGCCGAGCUCGGCUGCCUUGAGCUGCUCGCACAGCUGUGCACCGAGGACGCGCGGACGGACGCGGGCAAGCCCGGGGCGGAGGUCGUGCUCCGGGCGUUGUUCGAGAGUGCUCUACGCAGCGAGGGGAAGGAUCCGGCACUGCAUCUGGCGGGCGUGUUCCAGGUGGUCGAGCGCCUUCUUCCGCGCGCGGAGGAUAUGUCGGACAGCAACGGGCCGUCGUACUGGGUGGCGGAUAUCCUGCCGCACGUGCUUCGUGAGCUCAGUGCGUUUUUUCGAGCGCUGGACGUGGAGCGGAAGAUUCAGCUUCUGGAGCGCCUGAUCAAGCUCGACGAUGGGUUGAUUGGCGUGGGGGAGUGGCUGUUGACGGAGGAAGUCAAGCAUAUGGGCAAGCUUUUGGAGGACCUUCCACACGACGCCUCCUCCACGGACACCAAGACAUCGUGGAAACUUCAUGACUUGGCUUUGUCCGCGCGCUUGCUGGCGAAACUCCUUAGCAAGGAUGCCCCGCUUGCAACGUGGACAAUCGACGCCUUCCGAUGCACCGAGGGCCUGUCUGCCGACCUCACAGCCUGCCUGACAGCGAUGUUGGAACGUCAAUAUACGUCGGUCGACCUCACAGAUCUCGCGGUAGCUUUGGCGAAAGCAGACGGAGGUGUAUUAGAAGAUGGCCUCCGCUUCAUCACAGCUCUUUGGUUGUUGCGAGGCGUGCAGUCAGAUCUAUCAUCGACCCGUUUGGACUCUGCUCUUGCCAUCAUCCGCGCCCUCCCGUCGACAGUCAUCAAACCACCCCUUCUCAAGAUGGAACUUAGAAAAACCCUCUCGACCGUCUCUCAAAGAACCGCGUUACCAUCGGAAGUGUCUUCUUCCAUUAUCUCCAUCCUCGGCUGGUUGGCCUCCCAAGCAAACAAGUCGCUCCGUGUCCUCUCCGCCAUCUCCCUCGACAACCUUUCCCACCUCUACGACCUCCUUGCCGACUCCCUCCCCGCCGACCAGGCACGAAUCCUCGAAAAGGUUCGCACGAAGAUCACCGUCGACGAGGACGAGAUCCUCCUUCCACCCCUCGUCACCCUCCCCGAAACCUGGACAAUCAUCCCAGAGGAGCUGGAAAACGCGCGCCGGCCACAGACAGCCCCGUCGACGCCAAAGCGCAACGGCAACACACCUGAUAUUCUCGGCCCCAUCAUCUCCCCACCGACGGCAAUCCUGCGCUCUCCCGCAGCGACAGGCCUGACGAAGACAUACUCAAAGAACGAUUUCCGGCACUUGCGCCAGUUGUCUGCGUCGAUGCAGAAUACGAGCAGGAUGCCGAGUACGCAUGUUGAUGUACGCGACCUGUAG